AUGGUGUCGAUGAGAACACUGACAUGGACAUUCAUCCUUAUGCAACUCGUUAUCUCGUGUGCGUGUUUCAUUGCGUCACUGGCUAUUAUUAGUGCAAAAUUCAAUUCGGUUUCGGUUUAUGAGGAGAAACAAUAUGUUAGUUUCGAAUGGUGGAUAUUCUGCGGACUAAGCUUCUCAAUGAUAAUCAACACAGUUGCUGCAAUGUAUGCAUUAUCGGAACACAAUCGGUUUCUCUUGAUUCCUCAUAUUUUAGUGUUGAUCCUCUGCAACUCGUUAGCCUGCUAUGUACUUCAUUACACUGUGUCAAACUUUGAUUCCACGGAUUUCAAUUGGCAUAUUGGUCUGAUGACUAUAAUUUUCACAGCAAUGCCUGCCUUAUUCACCGGGGAUUACGGUAUUUACAAGUUCCGGACAAUCAUUUUUUUGUCACUCCAAGCGUUUAUCUCACUUUUUGUUUUGGUCGGUGCUGUGCCACUUUCUUUGGAUACUGACAACAAAUUUCCGCAUCCUGCGAUACGCCCCAUCAUACUUAUCCUCCUCACAAUCACAUUCAUCUGGUUCAUCUCAUCGAUUCUGGCCGUCUACGUCGUCUUUCGGGACCUCAAACUAUAUCUGCGUGUUCAUAUCUGUUUUAAUUCUGUGAUCCUCACCCUCUACUUGACCAAAUUGGUCAUUCUCAUUGCUUCCGGUGACAUUGUCACGUCUGUGUUCUGCGUCAUCGUCAAUCUUAUCAAUUUUUACGCUGUUUAUUAUGAAAUCAAGUUUCAUGGUACUUUUGAAUAA